AUGCCCGCUCUGACUCAGGGGCAGGUCUUCAACUUGACUCUGACCGCCAAAGAGGGCCUCCCCGCUGGUACCAUUGUGGGAGACCUGGGUGCCGUCCUGCGCCGACCCAGCACGGGCUUCUUCAUCUCCGAAAGCCGAGAUUCUGAUGUUUUCCGUGACUUAGAAAUUGAUGCGGACACCGGCAUCAUUUCCACAGCCAUCGUUUUGGAUCGCGAAACCAGGGAUGGGUAUGAGUUUGUGGCGGCUACGUUGACCGGCGAGAUGAUACGGGUGAAAAUUGAAGUCAAAGAUGUAAAUGAUAACUUUCCAAAAUUCCCAUCAGACAAGUAUGACUUAGUAGUUUCUGAAUUAAGCCCACUUGGAAGUCGCUUUAAACUUGACAGCGCCAGAGAUCAGGACGUUGACGAAUUCGGGAUUCAAGGCUAUCGUAUUACACAGCGAGACAUGGCCGACCUUUUUGAAUUGGACUACCGUUCCAACUUGGACACGGCUCAUAGCCUGUACCUUGUCCUGAGAACUAAACUAGACAGAGAAUUAUGUGACUUGUACACACUCACAGUGGAAGCGUUCGAUGGCGGAGUUCCUUUCAAAAGCGGUGCGAUGCAGGUGAAGAUUCAUAUCCAGGACGAAAAUGAUAACCCGCCUGUGUUCAACCAGACCGAAUACCAGGCUGUAGUUGCAGAAGACGCUGCUCUUAGGGUUGCAGUGUGCCAGGUCCAAGCCACUGAUCUGGAUUUAGGAGAGAAUGGAAGGGUGACAUAUGAGUUGAAGAGUAACCCUGGGGAGGUCUUUUACAUCAACGAGAGCUCCGGAGUCAUCCGUCUGAACAGCCCGCUGGACUACGAGCACCAGGCCUACUACGAGCUGGUGGUCAUCGCCAGAGACAACGGAGCGCAGCCUGAGUUCAGCAGCGUCUUCGUUGGCAUCAAGGUCCUGAACAUCAACGACAACAGUCCCUCCAUCCACGUACUGUUCCUGAGUGAAACCGGAGAGCCAGCCGUGUCCGAGGCCGCCGCUGUGGGGGACUACGUGGCUCGAAUCUCUGUGUCCGACCCUGACUUAGCCCAGCAGCCCAUCAGCGUGCAGAUCCAGGGCGGAGAUGGAAAGUUCGCCCUCAAACAGACCGACGACUUCCUCUUCGCGUUGUAUGUGGAGGCAGAGUUGGAUCGAGAGAAGAAGGAUUUGUAUGAGAUCCAAAUACUUGCAUCAGAUGGGGAUUCGCUGAGCUCUGAAGAGGUUUUGUUGCUGAAAGUGUUGGAUGUCAAUGACUGUUAUCCCCAAUUUGAUAGAAAUAUAUACACGGUUGGUGUUCCGGAAGAUAUUCCGCCUGGGAGUUCACUUGUCCAGGUGCAAGCUAAGGAUGAAGACGAACCUGGCCCCAAUUCACGGAUUAAAUAUUCAGUGUUAAGGUCCAACCAGCAUGGAUUGGUGAGUGUGGAUGCACACAGUGGCUUGGUGAGCACCGCGGGACCCCUCGACAGGGAGAGCCAGGCCGAACUCUGGUUCCUGGUUGUGGCCUCAGACAGUGGAGAUCCGCACCUGUCGUCCACGGCGACAGUGACCGUCUUACUGGAGGACGUCAACGACAACGAGCCGGUGUUCUCCCAGCCGCUGUACAACGUCACCCUGCCAGAGCACAGCCCACUGCAGAGCUGCUUCUUACAGGUGGUGGCGACAGACUCGGACACGGCUGAGUUUGGCACAUUGCAGUUCUGUCUCACUGAUGGCUUCGAGAGGACGGAGCACCCACUGUUCCACAUCCAUCCCCACACCGGACAGCUGUGUGUGGCCCAGGACAUAGACCGAGACCUGGGCCACACCGUCUACGACCUGCUGGUGAAGGCACAAGACCCAGGAGGCCUCAGUGCUCAGACGUACGUGCACAUAGAGAUAGAAGACUUGAAUGACAACGCCCCAGUGUUUACCCCACCUCAGUACACGGUCAGCCUGGGCAGCCACUCUCAGCCCGGCACAGAGGUCCUCACGGUCAUCGCCACUGACCCCGACUCAGGCCUGUUCGGACACAUCACCUACCACCUGCUGCCCGGAGACCUGUCCUCACUCUUCAACCUGGACACUCACACAGGGGUGCUGUACCUGACGUCCAGCCUGAGCCACCUUGGAGCACUCAGUAUCAAUCUGUCCAUCAGUGCGCAGGACGGAGGCGGCCUGUCUUCCUCGUCUCCAGCAGAAGUCAGUGUGCACAUCCUCAGCAGCAACCUGGCUCCAGCCAUGUUCCAGAGGUCACACUACAGCUUCAGUCUCCCUGAGGAUGCGGCCCAAGGCACCUCUGUGGGCAGCGUACACGCCAUCGAUCCAAACGGUUCCUGGGAGUCCGUGUCCUACCGCAUCUCCUCGGGUGACCCGCUGGGCUGGUUCGCAGUGCACCCCGACACCGGCCUCCUCUCAACCCUCAAAGCUCUGGACCAUGAGAGCCACCCUUACGUCCUAUUGACCCUCCAAUGCUCUACUGCCACCUCUCCUGUCUACAGCAUCACCCAAGUCAACAUUUCCAUUACUGACGUCAACGACAAUGCGCCCGUUUUCCCCCAAGUCAACGACACCAUCACGAUAUCCAAAACUACAACAGUUGGAACGAUCCUUUUCAUCGCACACGCUCACGACUACGACAGCGAUGCAAACGGGAGAGUCCGAUACAGGCUAAACAAACAUUACAAUGGCACUUUUGCUAUUGACACCAAUCUGGGAACUCUCACCUUGAACAGGAGCUUUCGGCAUAACACUACGCUAACAUGUGCGCUGGAGAUAGAGGCAGAGGAUGAGGGAAAACCGCCGCUUUCCACAACAUUCAGCCUGACUGUCAACAUAGAACAAAAUACUGCGGAAAAUUGUUUGGCUUUUGAGUCGCUGAUUUAUCAAGUGGAAAUUGGAGAAAGCUACAGAAAAGAUUCCAGAGUUAUUCAGGUGAGGGCGCACCAAAGCAGAGGGUCUUACGGCUUGUCUUCCUUGAUAAUCUACUCCAUUGAAAAUCAAAAUAGCUUCCCUCCGCCGCCUUUCCGCAUCCACCCCAAGACCGGCUGGCUGUAUUUAUCCCAGACUCUUGACUAUGAAACUGAAACUGAAUAUAGAUUUCACGUGUUGGCUAUGGCAAGUGAUGCUGGACAGGAGAAUAUCACGGCAACGGCCACGGUCAGUGUGAGGGUGUUGGAUGUAAACGAUAACAGCCCAGCGUUCAGUCGGGACGUGUACUUCUUCAGCGUGCCAGAGGGGGCAGCACUGCAGGGCUUGGUGGGGACUGUCAGAGCCUCAGAUAGAGAUUCGGGGAAGAACGCUCAGCUGUCGUACAUCCUGCUGUCGGACGGAAAGUUCUUUCGUCUCAAUGCCAAGACCGGAGAGCUGAUCCACUGGGUGGCACUGGACCGGGAGCAGCACAGCCAACACACUAUGAGGGUGAUGGUGACAGACCAGGGAACCCCACGGCUCACCAGCACCUGCACUGUGCACAUCCUGGUGUCCGACUGCAACGACAACAGACCACACUUCAUCCACCUGCAGCAGAGCAAGGACAGCACUGUGCAGAUCUGGGCAGGCGCACCGACAGGCUCUUUAGUCACCACUGUUUUUGCGAAAGACUUGGACGCUGGAGAAAAUGGGACCGUUACAUUUUCAAUGGAUGCAGUAGAGGAAGCCCAGAGCUCUCACUUUGACAUCAACAGUAAGAGUGGAGACAUCAGGACCACUCAGAUCUUCAGCCACAGCACACAGCGGCGCUACACGCUGAGGGUCACGGCCACGGACGCAGGAGCCGUCCCCCUGGAGGAGAGCGCACUCAUCCAUGUACAGGUUCACGGACUCGACCCACACUCCCACCAUCCCUCUGCCCCGAUCCUGAGGCGCUUUACCGUGAGAGAGGAUGCGGCGGUGGGCACGGUUGUGGGCUCUGCCGGCCUGUCCGACAGCGGCCCCUUCCACUACGUCAUAUCAGAGGAACACCUCCCAUUCGGAAUCCACGCCUCAUCCGGAGACAUCUACAUCGACCAACCGCUGGACUACGAAUCCACCGCACAGUACACUCUCUCGGUUCUCAUGGAAGACGGAGACGACCUCAGACUAAACAGAUCCGUUCUCGUCUGCAUAAUCGUGGAAGACGUCAACGACCACACGCCAUUUUUUCCGGAUAAAUUUGUCAGUUUCGGGCUACGGGAAGAUGCUGAAGUCGGAUCUCUCGCCUACGCCUUCCAAGCUCGGGACGCAGACGGGACGUUUGCAAACAGCAACCUGGAAUACUCCCUGCAAUCCGGCGAACUUCAAUCCGACCGCUUCCCGUUCCACCUCGACCCAAACACCGGGAGUUUAACUGUGGCAGCGCCUUUGGAUCGAGAAACGGAUGCUAGUUUUGCUUUCACGGUGAUGGCCACGGACCGGGCGGAGAGUGAGGAGGAGCGGAGGAGCGGGGCGGUGACGGCGCAGGUGUUUCUGCUGGAUGUGAAUGACAACAGGCCGGUUUUUGUUUCCGCGGAUACGGUGCAGGCGAUGGAGGAUGCAGAUGUGGGGAACCUGCUGCAUCACUUCGUGGCCAUAGACGGGGAUGAAGGGGGCAACGGGCUGGUGUCGUACGUGAUCGUGGCCGGGGAUAAAGAAGUGUUCGUGCUGGAGGAGAAGACAGGCUUGCUGUUUCUCUCCUCUCCUCUGGAUUAUGAGAGCCAGCGUGUGCACCGUCUGAUGGUCAGGGCAGUGGACCAGGGCCAUCCUGCGCUCUCCUCCACCCAGACCCUGAGCGUGGAGGUGGGGGAUGUGAACGACCAGCCGCCCCUGUUCCACGUCCCAGUGUACAACGCCAGCGUGGCCGAGAACAGAGACCCAGGGGAGGGCGUGGUGCGCGUCUCUGCCUCUGAUGGAGACUCAGAGGAGAAUGCAGUGGUGUGGUACAGUCUGCUUCCUGGACCAGGCUAUGAGCUCUUCAGCAUCAACCCUUACACGGGCCUCAUCACCACCACCUCCUACCUGGACCGAGAGGAGCAGCAGCACUACAUCCUUAGAGUUCAGGCCCGGGACAGCAGUGCGCGGCCCCUCUCCAGCACCGCCACCGUGCUGUGCUCAGUGCUGGAUGAAAACGACAACCCUCCAGAGUUCAUGCAGACGUCCUUUCAAAUCAGCCUCCCCGAGAACCUGCCCCCCAGCCCCAUCCACACAGUCCAGGCGUCGGACCCGGACCAUGCGGAGAACGGCACCAUUCACUACUCCAUUCAAGGUGAAGAUUACAGAGGACUCUUCACAAUCAACAGUUUCUCUGGAGCCAUCAGCACCACACAAGUUCUGGACCGUGAAGAAACCCCCAACUACACCCUGACCAUCCAGGCUCGCGACCAUGGCCCUAACACCUUGAAGUCCUCCACCCAGAUCCACAUACAUCUCUUGGACCAAAACGACAACACACCCGCUUUCCCGCACAAGACCUACCAGGCCUCCAUCGGCGAGGGCUUGCCGGCCGGAUCCGAGGUGGUCCGACUCCAUGCCUUCGACUCGGACGAAGGCCCCAACGGUGAGGUCACAUACUCUUUGACCGAGGACAACAGCCAAGGCGCAUUUUCAGUGGACCCUCUCACAGGGAUUGUCCGCACUACCAAACCUUUGGAUCGAGAAAGCAAGAGUGAGUACAGCCUCCGUGUGGUGGCUAGCGACGGUUGUGCGCAAGGUCCUCUCAGCUCGGCCGUUUCGCUCGUCGUACAAGUAGAAGACGUGAAUGACAACGCACCACUUUGCUCUCAAAAUCCUGUCAAUGCCUGGCUAUCCAUGACAAUGCUCCCCAAUCAGAUCGUGGCCACUGUGAUGGCUACAGACGCAGAUCGAGGGGAGAACGGGACGGUUAGAUUUAUGAUUUCGGACGAGGAGACUUUGUUUGAUGUCAACAGCGAUACAGGGGAGGUGUCACUGAGAAGGAGGGUGCGGGUGGGGUUUUCGGGGGCCAAGCUUCACGUGGUGGUGUCUGACAAAGGGAGGCCGCCACUCACCUCCACCUGCCUGGUCUUUAUUCACCUGCGCGGGGAACGGGCGCGGCUGCAGUUCAGCGAGAGAGAGUACAACGCCUCGGUGAAGGAGAACAGCAGGGCAGGGACUUGGAUUACAAAGGUUGAAGCCAGUGAUCCAACCAACAGCCGGCAGAGGAUCACAUACACCAUAUUCAGCGGCAACGAGAACAACAUUUUUUCCAUAAACCGCUACACUGGGGAGAUCCGUGUGCAGAAGGAUAACUCCCUGGACUAUGAGCUGGGUGCUAGUGUGAGGCUGGUGGUGCUGGCUGACAGCGGUCAGCAGAGCACUCACUGCGUCGUCUCCAUCAGCCUGCAGGACGUGAACGACAACACACCCCAGUUUGAACACAGCAGCUACAGGACAGCCGUGUGGGAGGGGCAGCCCCGCAACACAUAUGUCAUGCAGGUAUUUGCCUCAGAUGCCGACAGCGGUUUAAAUGGUCAGAUGGAAUUCUCAGUCAUAUCUGGAAACCCCAACAACGCCUUCCUUCUGGACUCAGUGAGAGGGAUUCUGGUCACGAAUGUGAUGCUGGACCGUGAGAUCACCAGUUCAUACAAGCUGGUUCUGCAGGUGGCUGACAAAGGGACCCCCUCGUUCAGCAGCACUGCCACAGUCAGGGUGCAGCUGGUGGAUGUGAAUGACAACAGUCCUGCCAUACCGCCCAUGGAGCCUGUGCUGAUACCAGAGAAUCUUCCUGCUGGAUAUAUGGUGACUCAGGUGAUUGCAAACGACGUGGACCUGAGCUCUUCCAUUACCUAUAGUUUUGCGGAUAAUGGCAGCAGCAGCGGCCCCUUCGCCGUGGACUGCUACACUGGGGUGAUCACGGUGACCCAGGGGUUGGACUACGAGACGCAGCCAGAGUACGUUCUAGCUGUGCAGGCGUCCGAUUCCUUGCACCACACCACAGGAGAGGUCAGAGUUCAAGUGCUGGACGUGAACGACAACGCUCCUGUCUUCACCCAAGUCUCCUACCAGGUGGAGUUGUCUGAGCUCCUUCCGGCAGAGACAUUGGUUAUCUCUGUGUCUGCGUCUGACCUAGACUCUGGCCUCAAUGGAGAGGUCACCUACAGACUACUGUCAUCUCCUCUGCAAGGCUUUUACAUCCUCAGCGAUCAAGGCUCUGUUUUCACCAACAAGCCCCUAAAAUCCAUCACAAACAGCAACGUGGUACACCUCCUGGUCGAAGCCCGAGACCAAGGCGACCCUGCACGUUCCAGUGUUGCAUCUAUUGAAGUCUUGAUCAUAGACAGCAAUGAUCACGUACCCCAAUUCCACCAAGACAUCUACACCCUGACUGUCCCAGAAGACAUGCCCAUUGACACCACCUUGCUUACCCUCUCUGCUGACGAUGAAGACUGGAGUCCGGAGAACACCCACCUCGACUACGCUAUUGUCGGGGGGAACGAAGAGAAGCGGUUCUGCGUUGAGAUCAAGAUGAUUCAAGUUGAGAAUCAGUUGAGGAAUGUGGCCAAGCUUGUUCUCUGUAACCCGUUGGAUCGAGAAAUCACAGAAGCAUACUCUUUGACAAUUGGUUUAGAUGAAGUACAAGGCAGCUACGCCUGGGACUACCUCCUUGACUGGGAACCCAGAUACCACACACUUGCUUCGGUAUUCACAGAUAUCGGCAUGCUUCCUGAUGAGGAGCUCCAAGGCGGGCGAGAGAGCAUGGCGUGUGAGGCGAGCUGUCUCAUGCACCCUCCGCCCCUGAUCACUAGCGUAGCUCAGCCCGGCAUCAGGACAGUGCCCCCCAGGAAGCCGAGCCGGGCACAGAGUCUUCGGCAGUCCUACCCCAGAUACUGCUACUCUCCCAUAGCAAGAAACACUGGGCUAACCCCCUCGGCUAUGAUCCCCACAUUUUCCCCAUCACUGACGUCACUGAGUGUCCGAACACCCAGUACGUCACCGGUGGUCUCAGACACUGGGGUAGGGGGCAUCAGGCUUGAAGCAGGACCUCCAACUGCAAGCCUGUUAGAGACUGAAUUACAAGUGUAG